AGAAGAAAAAGAAGCAGAAGAAGAAGAAGCCGGUCCUCCAGUGGUUUUAAUAUUAGCUCACGGAGUUAAUUUAGCUUAGUUAGCUUAGCUUGCUAGCUGCUAACACUCAAUUCAGUGAAUGAUGGAGAAAAACUGUGUUUCUGACGGACUUUGUGAAAAUAAAAACCCAAAAAUGUCCCGAAAAGUCCAGAUGUUGAGGUCGUUGGUGGAGCAGAGACUAAGUGCAGCAGCUGAGGAGAUAUUUGGACUGGUGGAAAGAACCAUGGUAGAGUACGAAGAGGAACUUUGUCAAACUAAAGAGGAAAACCAGAGACAAAAACAAAUACUGGACUCUGUUCUGAAUCCGCAGGUCGUGGCUCAUCCUCCAGAUGUCCAGCAUCUGCCGGUGUUUAAAGAAGACAUUCCCUUUGAUCAGGAGGAGGACUGGACCAGUCCUAGUGUAGACCCAGACCCAGAACCCUCCCUCAUGAAAGAGGAACAGGAGGAGAUGAAGAUCAAUGACACAGAGCAGCUCAUUCCACUGUCAGAAUUCGCCUCCACGGCAGCGUUUCCUGAGUCCCAUCCAUCUGGACUGGAUUCACCACAGUCACAGAAUGCAUUCAUGUUUUUAGAUCCAGAAAGUCCUUGUGGAAAACACCAGAAGAUGAACACAGAAGGUCUACAGUUGGUGGAAUCUGUUCUCACCACUAAACCCGGUGGUGAACGAAUCAUAAAUGAACACGACGAAACCCAGACGUUGUUGGACGUUUCCAGAACGAAAAUGGUGAAAACACUGACAGCCGACAUGGCUGAAAAGAACAGAACGUCUCCAUCCAGAGAAGUCAAAGACAUGUGCACCAAAGGAAUCACGACCUUACCCCCCAGCCUCAGAGACCCGUUGUCCAAGAACGGAUACGUGUCACCCAGUACACACGAGGCAGUGGCUCAGACAGGACAGCCUGUCAAAGCACGAGCACAGAAGCGCUUAAAGUCUUUUAAGGACAAAAGUAUGGACUGGGCCAAGUCCAUGAGACGCAACCGAAAUGUCAGCCAUUUUCUGGAUAACAUCGAAGUGACUAUUGAGAAAAUGAAGGCCCUCGGACUCCGACCGUUCCUUCUUUAUUCAAUCUACGAUGACAAAUCUGACACAUAUGAGUCGAGGGUCAUCUGCCCGUACGACUGCGACCAAGCUACCAAGAAAAUGAUUGAGAAAAUCGAACAGUUGUACCAGUUGCUCUUGCAAGUAUGGACUCCUCAGGAUGAGCAAAGCAGACGCAAAGAGAAGAGGAAGGGGAAGAGAAGGAGAAUGGAGCUGUUAGGAGAGGAGAGAAGCCCUACGUCAGGAAACCAGGGGCCUACGUCAGGAGAGGAGGGGGCUGCAGUGCCGGACAGAGGAGAAUGUGAGCCUCCAGUGUCAGUGACCCAGCAAUUAAAAAACCUGGUUAACCCCAAAGCCAAAAGAAGAACGUCUGGUGGAGAGACGCAAGACGGAGAAGAGGAGGGGUACGUGACCGUGGAGGACAGUACAGAACCUGUGGAUGUGGAGGACGGACGAGAGGAGGGGUCUGCAGGUCCAGGGGUCAAGGAAAUGAAAAUCUUCUUUAAGAAGAGAAGACAGUGGUCCAGAGAGUGCAGUUUGCAUCCGUAUGCUGAGUCUUUUCAAGCUUGCAAAUUAGGGAAAAGACAAAAAAAAAAGGGAGUGGAUCUGGUCCUGGUGUACUGGAAAACCUGUGAAGAAUGUGGAGAAGAAUGGAGACCGUCCUGGGAGCCUGCCCACCACAUGGAGUACAGACCGUAAUACAAGAGGUUUAUUUAUUUAUUACAUACACAGAGGUACUGGGUAAAGUUAAAUGUAGUGAAAUUCCAUCUGUUGUCAGGUUGUACUGUACAUGGGGGGAGGGGGGGGGGGGGGUAAAGUGUAAUUG